GCGCUCUACGCGAUGAUGCAAUAUCUCGGAACGGCUCAAACAGUCGCCAGCGAAUUCAGAGACGUGCUCGAGUGGAUCGAAACUCAAUCGGAAGAAAUCGUUGCAGUCAUAGCUCGUGCAAACGUCAUCCUAGGCCAGAAUAAUGCUCUGCCAGUAGACCACGCGACUGUCGCACGACUCAGAGAGCUGGUGAGCGUUCUCGAGCAAUGCUACCGUCUUCUUGGUAGAUACAAGCUGCACGUUGUAGAGUGCAGUAGACUAGGACACGAUCCACCAGCACAACUACUUCGUGAACAAAUCGAAGGAGGACGCUGUGACGUCAUGUUGGCCAGACAAUUUAUUGAGGAUUUCCAGGAAAAAGUGAUUGUGAUACAGGAAAUAAAUUUAGAAGUUAAUAGUGUUGAUUGCACUAGAGCCGCAAAAAUGGCUCAAAAAGAAGUCGGAAAAUUGGAAGAUACGGAAAAGCGCAUGCGCAGCAGGAAGAUAGAUAGUCAAGCAUGCAGGGCAGUUGGUCGACUUGGUGCAGUCAUAAUGGGAGCAAUGGUAGUAUUGCCAGCUGUUAGUAUUCCAGUCACGGCUGUAGCUGUAGGUGCAGUGAGUUGGGCAGGUUUGGAAAUAUCAACUCACAAAGUGAUCAAAACGAUUGCCCGUGUUCUUUCAUUGCUGAAAGAGUUGAAAAACUUCUUUGUGUCUUUACACCACGGGAUUCGGCUUUCACAGUCUACCUUUCAUGAGCUCGAUGAGUGGCAUCACCGAGCGAAUGCUGAACUACGUUUGCUGGAUUAUGAUGUACAAGACUCUGACAUUGGUCAAGAGUAUAGAGGUUAUGCAAUUGCAGACAACUUGAGUGAGUUGCUGGAUCUUCUGACUUUAUCUUGAUAUCAUGAUGUUAAGGUGGAUGUACACUAGUGAGGAACCUGUUUGCCCUUUUUGGAAGGGAAUGCUAACUUGUUUGUGUUGUGAGAAUCUAUUUAUUAAAUACAUAUUGUGA